AUGCUUCCAUCGUGUCGCGCCACGGCGCCGAACCUUCGAGAGAGGCUCGGCAAGGUGGUUCCGUCCCACCAAGUGAUUGGCAGCGUGCAUCAGUACUACGUGGACAGGUUUGGCUUCUCCCCAAGCUGCCAAGUCGUGGCGUGGUCAGGGGAUAACCCUUGCAGCCUUGCUGGUUUGGCGCUGGGAGGUUCGGGCGAUGUGGGCAUCAGCCUGGGGACGAGCGACACUGUGUUUGCAGUCGUGAUGGAUCCUCAACCUGGUCUGGAGGGCCACGUGUUUCCCAACCCAGUGGAUCCAUCCUCGUUUAUGGCCAUGAUCUGUUAUACGAACGGGUCGCUCACUCGGCAAGCCAUCAGGGACCGCUGUGCAGGAGGGUCGUGGGAGACAUUCUGCCACCUGCUGAAUGAAGCCCCGCCGUUGACUGGUGGGCGAAUGGGAUUCUACUAUCUUGACCCGGAGAUCAUCCCUCCACUGCCUGGUAAGUUGGUAACCAGGUGGGCAUUUGUGCAGGAGGGCAUUUGUGCAGGUGGGCAAAUGGGAUUCUACUAUCUUGACCCGGAGAUCAUCCCUCCACUGCCUGGUAAGUUGGUAACCAGGUGGGCAUAUGUGCAGGUGGGCAUAUGUGCAGGUGGGCAUAUGGGCAGGUGGGCAUAUGGGCAGGUGGGCAUAUGGGCAGGUACUCAAUCUUCCUCUGGGCAGCUGGGUGCAUGGGCUGGGCAGCUGGGUGCAUGGGCUGGGCAGCUGGGUGCAUGGGCUGGGCAGCUGGGUGCAUGGGCUGGGCAGCUGGGUGCAUGGGCUGGGCAGCUGGGUGCAUGGGCUGGGCAGCUGGGUGCAUGGGCUGGGCAGCUGGGUGCAUGGGCUGGGCAGCUGGGUGCAUGGGCUGGGCAGCUGGGUGCAUGGGCUGGGCAGCUGGAGUCGUUUUUGAGGCGCCUCAAAAACGACCUCGGUGAAUGGGCUGCGCAGCUGGGUGCAUGGGCUGGGCAGGUGGCCGACUGA